UAAGACGAAACUCGGGCCAGAGGAAAAAUGUUUUGUUCAUGUGCACCGUCACGAAACAAACCAUCGCAAUCUAAAGCAAAACUUUAUUAAAAAAUCUAAUUUCGAGAGAAAAAGCCGUAAACUUAUAGAUGCCGACUGUUCGUACGAUAAAAACUUAUCUGCCUCAAUAAUCAAGUUGAAUAACAGAAUAGAGAUUUUAAAAAGUUUAGUAAGAACACAAGAAAUGGUCCUAGGUGAUUGCGAUUCUCAUAAUUCUCUGUCCUCGUCAGAUGAAGAGUCCAGGGACAAUAUGCCUAGUCGUUACUCUGGGCCCGCUCGACCAGGGUGCAGUUACACAGAACAUUACAGUCAAAUUCCAGAAUCAUCAGCGUUUCAAAGAUAUGCUCAACAAUCAAGCUCAUUGUCACCUAACAAAGGCGCUACUAUAGAAAAAGAACAUAAUUCAGAGCUAUACGGACGAGACUUUACAACUUAUGAUGGGCUCACGGCGCGAGGAAGGCGGCAGUGCGCCUCUGCGACUUCUAAGAGGGAGGAUGUGCCACAUGCCGCCGAAAGGAUGACCAGGAUACGGCAUAAACUCAACCCGGUACGCGAUUACAGAUUGAUGGAUACCGUACAUUACUUAGCGCAAGGCGAGUUCGCUCCACGCAAUGACGGUAUAAAACUAACUCCAUCUCGAGAAGCCGUGUUAAGUGAUAUCAUCUGGGAGGACGUCUGCCGCACACAUUGGCCAACGACCCGCUUGGGGCGCCGACACACACAGGAGAGGAGUAACACGAGAAGCGAACUGCAGCGGCUAAUAGACAGUCUGCUGAGAGAGCGUGUGGCUCACGUAGAACGGAGACGGCGACGACACUACAGAAUAGUGAAGCACACCCAGCACAGUGCGGGGCGAGUCGGCAAAACUGGCGAUAUAAUCGUGGCCAGUGGCAAGCACAAACAUCGGGAUGAAGACGCACCGACUGGUCACACUCAUCAUGCCUCUGGCUCGAUGCUGUCCAGUAUUAAGUGGCCUAAGCAUCGAUGUCACAGAAGUGAUGAUCGGUUGACGUCACCUGAAAGACGACGCGUAGUGCAGGAGGAAUGUACACCGGGACCGAGCUACGCAGUACCACGGAGCAAACGCGAACCGACCUGCUGCUACCACGCGGCCGGCCCGUCUAGACAAUGUAAAAGAUCAGGAAACAAUUGCGAAUAUACAAAGGAAAGAUAUUCCAGCAGUAGCACUGCUUCGUCAGAGAAAAAUAGAAGAAAUCCUCGCUUGAUUGUUAAAAAAGAUUCAUCGCGCAAAAAAUACCACGAGAAAGAACUAAACCUUGAACAUUUUAUUUUACUCCCAACUUUGGUGGUUCGCACGCCCUCUAACGUGAGACGUCAGAAGAAAUUUAAUGAAUUGUAUCAUCGUAUUCUAAAUCAAUUAAGCACUGAGCAAAGCAGCAGAUCUAGAGACCAAAUAGACGCUCAUUCUCAUUGCAAUUAUAAAAAGGACUCGGUGACAUCAUUGGAUCAUGGAAAAAACAAGUAACACAAAUAAAUUAACAGUAAGAUCUGAACUGUUCAUUCUAAUACAUACUUCAUUCAUUCGUUCAUUCUAAUUAUGUGUUUGUAACGCAAUUAGUAAAAUAAAUAUUAA